AUUCUUGUACAUAUGUAUGUACAUAAUCGGCCAGAGCCCGCGUCAAGGUGAUCAGCCAAGUCUGGAAAUGAAGCAAGCGUCGUCUGUACCUUGCAUAGCACAUCCAGAGAUGCAUCGGGUGGAGGUGAUACAACAUAGCCCGACGAAUGGAAGCGUGCAUGUCGGCGCCCUCGACUGUGCAAUGGCAAAAAUGGAAUUGAGGAGGUGCACAACGUUGUUCCGAGUGGCCAGUUUUGGAGUUGUGCACGGCCAGGAUCCAUUAUGGACGUGCCCAAUCCUCAUUAUGAACUUAGCAUACAAGCUAUUUAUUAUUCUGUUACAAUGAGGCGCGGUGAGUCUAAUGCACCUUGAUGCAUGGCGACUCGCCAUGGCACUAUCCUAUCAGUGAACGGGAUUAUGCAGUUUCUGUGACGCGGUUUGCGGUUUGCGGUUUGCGGUUUGCGGUUUGCGUGCCACCUGGGGGUAGGGAGGCCGCUCAUGGCGAGUGGUAUUUGCACAAUGGCGCGCGCACUUUGUCUAGGGCCAUCGCAUAACUCGCGGCGCGCCUGCCAUCCUCGAUACACCACUGGUUGAUGGGAGCCCAAACAAAUGGAAGGGAUAAGACGAGGGAUGGGAGAAAUGUGCAUUGUGAUGUGCUCAUCACUAAUGGCGGCUGUGGUAUUCAUUCCGUUCGUCGGAGGGCUGGAUUAUGCUGUGCUGGACUCGGGUUUGUGGGUGACGAACACACACAUCACACACCAAGCGCGUACGCAAGCCAACCAACAAAUAAGAUAGUCAAAAAGGGAAGAAUAUGACAGACUACGGAAGAACGAGACACCAGACACGAGACAUGGCACUUGUGCACACUCGCACAGGUCUUGCACAAGCGACCGAGGACCCUCUAUUGCAAGCUUUUGGAUUUUCGUGCCAUCCCAUCCUUCCAUAUGUAUGUACAAGCAUCCACAUGAACAUCCAUACCUUAUCCACUACUUUAUGGCCGAGCUCGUUAUUCAGUCGGCGCAUGGGUUAUUGCAUUGGUGUAUGUACAUACAAAGUUGGGACUGGAUAGGCUUGGGGGGCUACUCAUACCGCGGCGGGCCAUCCGGCGACGGAUAGGCUCGAGGUUCCCAGCCGAUACCUACCGUCCAGAAUUAGAAAAGCCAGUGGCUGCGCCAUAGUGGUGUGGAUAGGGAGCCGUGGCCCCAUGGCCCGUACUGGCAAGACUGGCGGACGACUGCCAUGCUUAGUACGCCCAUGGGCUCAAGUUGAAGUAAGCCAGGGACGCCCAGGCCCGCACCUCAUGUUUCCCUUGCCCCAGACAUGACUUGGGUGCUUUGACAGGGGCCUGGGGGCACUCUGCCGUCUGGUCCGCCGCUGGGCCCUUGAGGGCGUGUGUGGGCGUGGGACAGAUUGCGAGUGACAGGCCUGUGAACCAAAGAGUGGUGGUGGUGGAUCAUGAUCCACAGCUCUCUGACCCUGGCUUGGUGAUUGAGACACGACAUGGAGGGUUUUCUAACUGACUGCCUAUCGAGCACAUCUGGUGUGAAUACGCCAGGUCUCGUCGUCAGUACUUAUCACUCCACGUCCCCGUGCUUGUCCACCCUUCGUUUCCCUCCUCAUCGAAAGGUAUGAUCGACAACCGCGUCGGAUCUCUGUAAUACUUUCUUCUCUUUUAUACCAGGUUCUUCCUUCUUUUGUGAAUUGUUCUUAUUUGCUGGAUAUCCUCGUUCCUCGAGAGUCCCUCACAUUCAUUAUAACCACCUCUUGCGGCACUCUCGAUAUACUUGAUAGAUCUCUUGCUCUUGCUUCAACUUUCUUGGACUAGACUUGAGACCUUACAUGUACAACAAGCACGUCCCCAAUCCACGCACCUAAUACCGAGUCUCAACUCCUCGUCCACUCUUUGGAACACCACAAAAGAACCGAACACCACACCUUCAUUAGGCCGAUUGCCAGUCAAGCAAACUAUACAUACACCAAUACCUACCAACUUAAUAUCUAAACUCUCUGGCCCGCUAACACCACAGCCAACUCUAAAGAAAUGGAUUCCACAAUGAUGCCCCAGGCCGUCGGCCAAGCUCCCUUCUAUUUCUACAACCCUGAGGCCAAGCAUGAUAUGCGACAACACUUUGCCCAACAGCAAAUGCAUAUGUAUCCCAUGGUUCCUACACUGCCUUCAACUCCAGUCUACUCGCGGCCCAGCUCAGCCAGCAACUCUCAGCCCCCCACUCUGUACAGCAAUGGCCCAGCAGUCAUGACUCCUACUGCCUCGCCACAGCCUAUGUUGCAGAAGCCCGCCAUCUUAUUGGAGAAUGAGCUGUACGAGAACUCGUAUUUCCCUUCGACACCGCCUCUGUCGACAUCUGGCAGUACCAUUGGCAGCCCCAGCGCCUGCGAGGUGCUCCAGACCCCAAUGAACCCCAUGUUUUCUGGGCUGGAUGGCAUCGAUGGCUUCAAGGAGGCUCUUGAGCCUGUUGAGACUGCAGUGCUCGACUGGUCCAACUGCGGAUCUCCCCCAAUGACACCUGGUAAGUCUACUUUUCAUCUCAAAGCCUCCAAUUGCCGGAUCGCGCAAUGGUGUUGUGCCGCAAGCUCGGGCUUGGGCCUAUUUUUGGGCCCGGUAGCGGGAAGGAUGGUGGUGCUGACGUUGGCCGUCGCUAUCUCGGCCCAAUCACCUUCUGAGGCGCAGACCUGCAGUGCGCUGUCCCAGUGCCUGAACAGUGGAGCAAACACGGGAAUGACCUGAUGGAGACUAACUGUGCAUGAUAGUGUACCUUCAAUCUCAGCUCGGCAAAGUUCCCUCUCUUAGCAACACCGCCAGCGACCUCGUGUCCACCCCGUCUCUGUCUCCCUCACCCGCGCCUUAUGCCCGCUCUGUCUCUACACCGGAUCUGGACGUCGACUUCUGUGACCCAAGGAAUCUGACUGUCGGUACUGGUGCCAUCAACAGCACCCUCGCCCCUGAAUUCACUCUCGACGAGAUCAAGGUUGAGCCCAAGAUUACUGCUCAAUCUUUUGACUUUAACCCUGCUGUUCCCCACGGGCUCCCCACCUUCGAAGACUUUUCUGAUUUCGAGUCUGAGGACGAUUUCGUCAACAGCCUUGUCAAUCUCUCUGAGCAACCUGCCGCUGCUUCUGCUGACAUCACCCGACCUCGGGCUUGCACUGGCUCCUCAGUUGUUUCCCUAGGGCACGGCAGCUUCAUCGGUGACGAGGACCUUUCAUUUGACGACAACGAGGCCUUCCAGUUUCCUUCUCAUCCCAGCCCUUCAGUCUCCUGCGCGUCCGAGGACUGCCACAAGGACAAGCGUACCAAGAAGACUCACGUCAAGGAGAGCAGCGCUGGCCCUGUCAUGAACAUGGCUGCAUCCGCUACUGAAUCCGGUAACACUCAGGAAUCUUCCAACCAGGCUGCUGAACCUAGCGACUCUGCUGCCUCAUCUGGCUCAGAGGGUUCCCCUGCUCCUCUCCCCGCCCCCGCCAACCGCCGCGGUCGUAAGCAGUCCCUCACCGAGGACCCUUCAAAGACCUUUGUCUGUGAUCUGUGCAACCGUCGCUUCCGCCGCCAGGAACACCUCAAGCGCCACUACCGUUCUCUGCACACCCAAGAGAAGCCUUUCGAGUGCAAUGAGUGUGGCAAGAAGUUCUCCAGAAGCGACAACCUGGCCCAGCAUGCUCGAACCCAUGGUAGCGGUGCCAUCGUCAUGAACCUCAUUGAUGACGACUCACACGCAUAUGAUGCCUCCAUGAUCCCUCCCACGGCCGAAGAUUACAGCAACUACGGCAAGGUCCUGUUCCAGAUUGCCUCUGAGAUCCCUGGCAGUGCAAGUGAAAUGUCAUCUGAUGAGGGUAGCGAUCAGGGCAAGAAGAAGCGCAAGCGCUCUGACUAAAUGGUUCAUCAAUCAUACAUCAUUCAAAAUGCUCAAGAAAGCGAGUCGAUUAUCUUGACAUACGCCCGAUACGACGCUGACGACCUUCUUCUUCUUCGGCUACCCGUUCAAUUUUGACGGUGGCAUUUGGGUCACGGAACAUUUUUCCAUUUAGGUUACAACCUUCGGUAAAAAGGAGUCUUCACACACAAAAGAGUGCAAGCGAUAAUGAAUGCAUUUACACGUCGUCACUAUACCUGUAUCAACAAUAUCCACAGCCUCGCUAUGCAUCACGACACUAGGGAGGACAUUUGAUUUCAUGGGUUUCUUGGUUUUGUUGAAGAAUUGCAAUGCAUCGCCCAGGUCAGCCAUGCGACACAGCUGGUUAUACUUGGGUUUCUGGUGACUUUAUUCAAUGGACACAAUUGGCGCGAGAGGGGAAAAAUUAUUUGGUUUUGAGAACAUUUGGGAGCGGCUCCUCACAUCACGUCAGAAUGGUGAUGGAAGAGUUUGCCAACGACAACGACCACCAUAGAAACUUGGCGGCUUGCCGUUCUUUACACUCGUUGUAAUCAUCCCGCGCGGUUGGAAGCUGGAACUGAAAGCUCGCCGGGACGACGGUAUCACUUGAGAGCAGUGGGAGAUGAAGGUGAAGGCGUCUGUCUUUUUAAUCUUCUUCCAUAUUCUUGUGUUUACUCUGAUUCUUUGUCUGUCGUUUGCCUGUUGCUGGAAUUUUAGAGAUGUCGAGUACAGGAGUGUGCCGGUCACAGUCAUUGACAGACGCUCAUCCUCACAACAAUUCAUGUACAAUUUAGAAGUUUGGUCUAUUGAUCAACAAUUUACACAUUGCUGCCACACAUCUGCUUCAUCUUGCCUGUGACUCCAUUCUU